GCCCUGCUGCCAAUCAGCCGCUCAGACAAUCCAAUUGUUCUCUGUUUACAGUAAAGUUUGGAGCAGAGAAUAAAUCAGCUCUGGGGCAGAACCAGCGCCCGGACUCACCGGCUCCAGCGAGAGAGAGAGGGACCUCCUGCCCCACAGCACCCAGGGGCCCCGGGGCCACUCACAGACUGGGGACACAGUCACAUUUGGGGGCUCACCGGGGAAGAUGAAGGGAGUAACGGCUGAGGAUGUGCAUCACUUCCUGCUCCACACGGAGGAUGGGCGGCACCGCAGAGUUGCCAGGAUGGUGGAAGAGGUGCAGAAGAUCCUGUUGGAAGUGACCUCCGAUAUCAGUAACAGGGACUCCCGGUUCCACUGCAUCUCCAACGCCGGGAUCCAUAGCGACAGCCUGAAGGAUCAGCCAGAUUUGCUGGCCCAGUGGAUUGCGCUCCAGCGGGGGAGGCGCCCCCUGCACCCCUGUAUCCAGGUUCUGAGCCCCUCCCAGUUCUUGGUGACUGUUCCCCUUCGGGGUCUCAGUGGCUUCGGGCAGAAGAGGAGCCGGCGGUGGCGUUACUACUCCCCAAGUGGGACCCAACUCGUGGCACCGGCGAUGGAACCCGAGAAGCUGCACCAGUGGCUGGAGAUAGAGCAGUUCCAGAAGAGCGCCCCCCAUUGGCACGACAACGACGUCAACAUCAAGGGGGACCUCGUCCCCGCCCGGGUCAUACAUGUCCUCUUGGAACACCUCUAUAGGGCCAUCACCUUCUGCAGCCUGACUGACAAGGUGAAUGUACUGGAGUCCUUUGGGCCCUCCAUCAGGCUGAACGUGGAGACCUCCGAGCAGAUGGUGGAGGUGGAGCUGGUUCCUGUGCUUGAGGUUCCGGGGUUCUGGCCCAGAAAAGCCCAGUGGCCCCGGUUCUUUAAACGUUGGCCCCCAAGGGAGAGAAUACAGUGUGUCAAGUCAUUUGGCUUUGACCUCCUGGCCCGGUCGAAUUACCACUGGCAGCUGUCUUUCCUGAGAGGAGAGCGCCUCCUGCUGGAGACAAUGGAUGAGGACGGGGGGUGUCGCAUGAAGUGCUAUCGGGCCGUUCGGCAGAUGAAGGAGGAUGUUUGGUGCCCGGGGAGUCACCCCGUUAUCAGCUCCCACCACCUACAGAUGAUAGUGCUGUGGGCCAGUGAGCGGAACCCUUCCCCUAAAGCCUGGAAGGACCUGGGUCGCUGUUUCCUGCGAGUGGUUAAAAGGCUACAGAAAUGCGCCAGGCAGCGGUUCCUGCGCCAUUACUUUGUGCGACGGGCAAACCUGCUGAAAUACGCCGACACUGCCCAGCUGGAUGCCCUGGCCGACAAGCUGAGCCAAUUCCUGCGGGGCCCCUCUCUGAGCAGCUCAUUGUACCAAGGUGCCUCCUCCGCCUGCUGAUUCUGCCCCAGAGCCCCGCCCUCUGUUGACAAAUGGGUGUGGGUAAUGCACAACCCUGUUGCUAUGGAAGCAGCGGCCCACCUACAGUUCUAGGGGCCCCGAGCUCAGGCAGUGGGAAAGCCUUGAAUAAUGACUGCUCCUCUGCCCAUUCCUGCACCCCCCAAGAACAAGAAUCUAUUAUAGACCUGCGCUACGAUGCCCAGAUACCUCCUACGUGAAUAUAGGCCACUCCUACUAGAUCUGCCCCUGAGGAACAACAAUCUGCCCCACACUUAGAAGAGACCACUUCUCCAACUACCGACUGCUCCAAAGGAACAGAAAUAGCACCUACAGUAAUUCCGGCUCCUCCGCCCCCCGCCCCUGAGGAACAAGAAUCCCACCUACAAAUAUUUAAACCACUCCCACCUCCACUGCUUUAUUCUUCAACUGGAUUAUAUGAAAUGCAUGUCCACCUGUAAGCUCCGCCCCUGAGGAACAAGAAUCCCGCCUACAAAUAUUUAAACCACUCCUGUUGCAACUGCUAGAGCGACCCCAGCUGCACACAAAUGGGGGUCAUAUGUCCAUCUGUAAGCUCCGCCCCUGAGGAACGGGGAUCCUGUUUUCUCUUAUACAACUAAGGAUGUUGAAACUGCAUCAUGUGGAAUAAUUUCUAUAGACGGAUGCCCUUUGCCCAUUGGCCCGCUGGUCACUAUGCCCUCCCAGUACUAUUCCUACUUGUGUUGGUACCACACUGGGGGCAUAUAAAUAUUGUCUCCCAUAGUAAAAAAAAAAUACAGCCAUGUUGCUUUUA